AGUUACCCACUGGAAGUCAGAGGCAGCUACCAGCAGCGAGCUCUCAGAUACUCAAGCAGCCAUGUAUGGGUCCAUUCCAAAGAGUGCCUCCCCUUUUGAGUCUUCUACAGUGCAAGAACCAGGACUCCAUGUGUGGAGGGUGGAAAAGCUGAAGCCUGUGGCCGUGCCUCCUGAGAGCCGUGGCAUCUUCUUCUCUGGAGAUUCCUAUCUUGUCCUGCACAAUGGCCCUGAGGAGCUGUCCCACCUGCACCUCUGGAUCGGGCAGCAAUCAUCCCGAGAUGAGCAAGGAGCCUGUGCGGUAUUAUCUGUGCACCUCAACUCCUUGCUGGGAGAGAGGGCAGUGCAGCAUCGGGAGGUCCAGGGCAACGAGUCGGACCGCUUCAUGAGUUAUUUCCCCCGAGGUCUCCAGUACCAGGAGGGAGGUGUGGAGUCAGCAUUUCACCGAGCUCCAACUGGAGCUCCUUCAGGCUCCAUCCAGAGACUCUACCAGGUCAAAGGGAAAAAGAACAUUCGCGCCACUGAGCGGGCCCUGAGCUGGGUUAGCUUCAACACUGGAGACUGCUUCAUUCUGGACCUGGGCCACACCAUCUUUGUCUGGUGUGGGGGCAAAUCCAACAUUCUGGAACGAAACAAAGCCCAGGACCUAGCUUUGGCCAUCAGGGAUAGUGAACGGCAAGGAAAGGCCCAAGUGGAGAUUGUCACCGACGGGGAGGAGCCAUCGGAGAUGAUUCAGGUCUUGGGGUCAAAGCCAACCCUGAAGGAGGGCAAUCCAGAAGAAGACCUCAGAGCUGAUCAAACGAACGCCCAAGCCGCUGCCCUGUAUAAGGUUUCUGAUGCCACUGGCCAGAUGCACCUGUCAAAGAUGGCGGACUCCAGCCCAUUUGCAGUUGAGCUGUUGAUUGACGAUGAUUGCUUUGUGUUGGACAAUGGCCUCUGUGGCAAGAUUUAUGUCUGGAAGGGAAGAAAAGCCAAUGAAAAAGAAAGGCAAGCAGCCCUGAAAGUGGCUGAAGACUUCAUUUCCCGAAUGCAGUAUGCCCCCAAUACCCAGGUAGAGAUUCUGCCUCAGGGUCGGGAGAGCCCCAUCUUCAAGCAAUUUUUCAAGAACUGGAAAUGAGCCUUCCUGUCCCCCCGCCUCCUUCUCUCUUCCUGCCUGAGCCCUUACUCACCCCACCGAUGAUACUCUGCUUUCCACUUUGCCCUACCAUGGCUGGCCAAUGGUUCCACUGUGCAUCUUCUCUACAAGUGCCUUCUUGCUUCCAUCUCCUAGCCCCUUGUGCUUCGUCAUCUCGGAAUUAAUGAAAAUAAAUGAACUGGACUCCC